CGUUCAGAGGAUGCGAGAGGAGCAUCCGGGUACUGACGGGUUAUAGCGUCUCUGUUCUACAGGUGUCUCACAGCAGUAAUCAUGGCACUGUCAGCCAGCGCUCAGAUGAGUAAAGUGGUGAAGCGCCAGUACAUGGAGCUGCCACAGGGGGAGAAGGUGCAGGCCAUGUACAUCUGGAUCGACGGCACGGGUGAGGGACUGCGCUGCAAGACCAGGACGCUCGACUCUGAACCCAAGAGCGUAGAAGAUCUACCCGAGUGGAAUUUCGACGGCUCCAGCACCUACCAGUCGGAGGGUUCGAACAGCGACAUGUACCUGGUUCCCUCGGCCAUGUUCAGAGAUCCGUUCCGCAAAGACCCCAACAAACUGGUGCUGUGUGAGGUGCUGAAGUACAACCGCAAACCUGCCGAAACCAACCAUCGGAUCACGUGUAAGAAGGUGAUGCAGAUGGUAGAUGAUCAGAACCCCUGGUUCGGCAUGGAGCAGGAGUACACCAUCCUCAGUACAGACGGGCACCCCUUCGGCUGGCCCUCCAACGGCUUCCCCGGCCCACAAGGACCGUACUACUGCGGCGUGGGUGCGGAUAAAGCGUACGGCAGGGACAUCGUGGAAGCUCAUUACAGGGCGUGUCUGUACGCCGGCGUCACGAUCUGCGGCACCAAUGCUGAAGUCAUGCCAGCUCAGUGGGAGUUCCAGGUUGGCCCCUGCGAGGGCAUCGACAUGGGUGAUCAUCUUUGGGCGGCUCGCUUCAUCCUGCACAGGGUGUGUGAGGAUUUCGGCGUGGUGGCGUCCUUCGACCCCAAACCCAUCCCCGGCAACUGGAACGGUGCCGGCUGCCACACCAACUUCAGCACCAAGGAGAUGAGAGACGAGGGAGGACUCAAAUGCAUCGAGGAGAGCAUCGAUAAACUGUCCAAGCGGCACAACUACCACAUCCGUGCCUACGACCCCAAAGGAGGCCUGGACAACGCACGCCGCCUGACCGGCCGCCACGAGACCUCCAGCAUCCACGAGUUCUCGGCCGGCGUGGCCAACCGCGGCGCCAGCAUCCGCAUCCCUCGCGCCGUGGGCCAGGAGAAGAAAGGCUACUUCGAGGACCGCCGUCCGAGCGCCAACUGCGACCCGUACGCCGUCACGGAGGCGCUCGUCCGCACGUGUCUGCUGAGCGAAGACAAAGACGAACCCGUGGACUAUUAGACCCGUCCGGCGUGCCCGCUCUCAUUCUCUCACCUACCGGGACUGAACCCCAUCUCCCCUUGAUUAUCGGCCUCGCGGCUGAGUAGUACUGUACUUAUUUCUUUCACCUUAGACGCUUUUAACCACGUCAUAACACACACACACUUGUUUUGUUUAUUUUUGUUUUGUUUUGAAGUUGACUGGUCAACUUAACAUUGUAGGAUUGUAGGAAUGUGGGCAUUAACAGGGGACGUGAUGUUGCAGGGCAUGUCUGACCCUCCCGUAGUUCUGAACACACUCUGCAUUAAACCUCGUACUGAUUUUUAAAUAAGCAAAAAGAAAUACGGACUAAAAGUGAACCCUGGACGCCGGGGUCGAGCCGCCGAGGCUACACGUCACGUCACUUCUUACAUCUGUAUCCAGCUCAUCGAUUAACUCCGCUGAUGUUUUGUCCUCGCUGACCGGACAGGAGGUCCCGGGCGACGCCCGUGCGUCCCCUGUACCGGCGGUCCUGCUCUGUACACGUCGGUUUUUAUGCCGUUUGUUUGUUUAAAAGAGAAAACCGUGGCUCUGUGUCGUAACGGCGUCGCUUCUGUUCUUGUCUGGUAAAAAUCUUGAAGUUGCUGAACCUGCUGGUUUUAUAUGGAAACAUUUAAAACAUUAUUUUUACCACAAA